AAUGUCUCACAACAACCCUUUACACCACGUAUUAUAUAUAUACUCCAUAUGUAUUGAUACUAUUAUAUAUUCCUCCCUCCCACACUCCGUUAAAGUUGUCUCAUUUAUCUUUUUGGUCAAUUUCAUUAAGAUCAUCUUAUACAAAAUCUGUAACUUGAAGCUUCUAUCCUUGCAACGACCUUGUUUGCACUUACAUGGAGUCUUGUCUCAGACACCCGUGCUUCGCAGCCUUAUUCGCAGUAGUACUCACGAGUUUCCAGCUUAACUCAUUGGCUUUCGGAAUUAGUAGUUUGGAAGGGGAGACCUGGUCGCAGCUGACUCGAGACGUCUUGGAAUCGGCCAGGGAACCUGAGUUCUUCGAUUGGUUGAAAAGGGUGCGUAGGAGAAUCCAUGAGUACCCAGAGCUGGGGUUUGAAGAACACCGGACGAGUCAACUCGUGAGGGAUGAGCUUGACUCACUCGGAAUCGAAUAUUCCUGGCCGGUGGCCAAGACCGGUGUAGUUGCUACGGUUGGAUCCGGCGCUAAGCCUUGGUUUGGCUUAAGAGCUGACAUGGAUGCCCUCCCUAUUCAGGAAUUGGUGGAAUGGGAUCAUAAAAGCAAGAUUAAUGGUAAAAUGCAUGCUUGUGGCCAUGAUGCUCAUGUAACAAUGUUGCUUGGAGCAGCAAGGUUGCUUCAGAAAAGAAGGAAGACAUUAACGGGCACGGUUAAGCUUGUCUUUCAACCUGCUGAAGAGGGAUUUGGUGGCGCCUAUGAUAUGAUAAAGGAAGGAGCUUUAGAUGGCUUUGAGUCCAUUUUUGGAUUGCAUGUUCUGCCACAUAUACCAGUGGGUAAAAUUAGUUCAAAACCAGGGCCACUGCUUGCUGGAUCAGGUUUUUUUGUGGCUACAUUUCAUGGUAAAGGUGGUCAUGCAGCAUUUCCGCAUCAAACUAAAGACCCAGUUCUCGCUGUUUCUAUGGCAAUCAUUGCACUCCAACAUAUCGUUUCUCGUGAAACUGAUCCUCUAGAGCCUAGGGUUGUGACAAUUGGAUUUGUGGAGGCAGGUCAGGCUGGAAAUGUGAUACCUGAACAGGUAAAGUUUGGCGGAACUUAUAGGUUCACAACUUCAGAAGGUUGUUCUUAUCUUCAACGAAGGAUCAAAGAGAUCAUAGAAACUCAAGCAGCCGUGCACAGAUGUACUGCCACAGUUGAUUUCAUGGAGAAAAAAACGAUCUACCCACCAACCAUAAACGAUCUUGCAAUGUACAAACAUGCUAAAAGAGUUGGGGAACUGAUGCUUGGUGAGGAGAAUGUGGAGCAAUGCCCAAUGUCAAUGGGAGCAGAAGACUUCAGCUUCUACUCGCAAAAGAUGCCAGCUGCCUUCUUCAAUAUCGGUGCGAGAAAUGAGACAAUGAUGCCUGUACAAGGAUUGCACAAUCCUUACUUUGUUAUUGAUGAAGAAGUUCUGCCCAUAGGUGCAGCUUUCCACACUGGAGUUGCUAUUGCUUACUUAGAAUUACAUGGCCGUUUGGAUGAAGAACAAUAGAAUGGUGUUUCACUCAGCUUACCAUUUUGAUUAAUUAAAUCUUUUCUUGUGUUAUCAUGUCCAUAUUUGAAGGCCUGCAUUUAGCUCAGUUUGUGAGCUCAAGUAUAUAGCUAACGCAUACAAAACUGAGGGGUGGACAAGAACCAGAAUGUUGUAUAUAAGUUUUUCAGUUCUAUUAAAUGAAGAUGGACAAUGUCCAUCUCUAUAGGCAAGUACAACCCAUUAACCGACAAUUUGACAUAGGAGCCCAUCAUAAUAGUGCC